GCAAAUAAGCUUUUGUUACUUUGUGCCAAAAUGGAGGAUCCUUAACUCUCUCUCUCCUUCUUCCCCCCUCCGCUACUUCUCUUUCCAAACGCUCUCUCUCUCUCUCUCUGCUUCUAAAACAGAAACAAAACCCUCACAAUUGAAAUCUUCACUUCUCUUCUCCUGCUACAAAUCCACAAAUCCAAGUCACAGGUAACAAAAAGAAUUCCGAGUGUUUUUAUUCUUAAUUCUGAUGUCUCCACCACUACUUGGUGUUGUGGAGGAGGAGGGUCAAAGUAAUGUCACUCUACUGUCUUCUCCGGUCUCUGCAGAAAGUGCAUGCCUGAAUGGUUUGGAAUUGAAAGAGCGUAACUAUAUGGGUCUGUCUGAUUGUUCUUCCGUGGACAGCUCGGCAGUCUCUGCAGCAUCCAAUGAAAGAAAGACUAGUUUAAAUCUGAAGGCUACUGAAUUGCGGCUUGGGCUUCCUGGGUCUCAGUCUCCAGAAAGGCAUCACGAGCUUUCCCUGUUGAGCUCGGCAUUACUUGAUGAGAAACCCUUCUUCCCUUUGCAUCCCUCAAUUGAUGGUCACUACACCUCAACACAGAAAAAUGUUGUUUCGGGUAACAAGAGAGUGUUCUCUGAUGCCAUGGAUGAGUUUUCAGAGAGCAAGUUUCUGUCAAAUUCGGAGGUAAAUGCAAUGCUCUCACCCAGGCCCUCACCGAACAUGGGAAUGAAACCUGGCAUGUUGGAGAACCCUGGAGUUCAACAAGCUAAAGUGAAAGAGAUAGCAGCCCCAAAGGCAGGACAAGAGAGACCUCAUGCGGCAAAUGAGACCAGACCACUUCAUAACAGCUCCGCAAACAACAGCAGUGCACCUGCUCCAAAGGCACAAGUUGUGGGUUGGCCACCCAUCAAAUCAUUUAGGAAGAAUUCCCUUGCCACCACCUCAAAGAACACAGAAGAAGUUGAUGGUAAAGCAGGGCCAGGUGCUUUAUUUAUCAAAGUCAGCAUGGAUGGUGCUCCUUAUCUUAGAAAAGUGGAUUUGAGAAACUACUCUGCAUAUCAGGAAUUGUCUUCUGCCCUCGAGAAGAUGUUCAGCUGUUUCACCAUAGGCCAAUAUGGAUCCCAUGGAGCUCCAGGAAGGGAGAUGCUGAGCGAGAGCAAGCUGAAGGAUCUGCUGCAUGGCUCAGAAUAUGUUCUCACUUAUGAGGAUAAAGACGGAGACUGGAUGCUUGUUGGCGAUGUUCCCUGGGAGAUGUUUAUUGAAACAUGCAAGAGGCUGAGGAUCAUGAAGAGCUCUGAUGCCAUUGGCCUAGCCCCAAGGGCCAUGGAGAAAUGCAAAAACAGGAAUUAGCCAGCUGUUCGCAUGAUUUGUGCUAUCCAUCCAGCAGCCUUUGAGUGUUGAAUUUGGGAAAUUAGUAAGGGGAGCAGGAGUCAGGUUUCAGGUGGGGGUGCAAGGGAUAUGAUAAGGUGCUGGAAAGGGUAGAAAGAUCAUGAUUACCUGCGGUUUUUAUCUUAGUACGUUUAUGUUUCUGUUUCAAGAAAAUUAUCUGUUUAGUCUGUUAAAAUUAUAAAUCUGCAAAGACCUGCAUUUGGGAGUGCAACUGCAAUUCUAUGCUUCGAGAGUCUGGAUCGUUUCCUGUUUCGUACAGGACUUUAGUUUGUAAAGUGCAUUGUUUGUUGAUCUUUUUUUUUUUUAAAUUUUAUUUGAACUGGAUUUGUCAAUCUCUACUGUCAGUUUGUGUUGAAUGGAGUAUGGUAAAAGACCUUAUCCAA